AUGGUGAUUGCCGGAGCUCCUGAGUCGUCGCCAGAGCUCGUUGCCGCCUGGUCGGCUGUCGUCGCCAAGCCUCCAUCGGGGCUCGAAAAGAUGACCAUGGCAGCGAAGCCCCCUCUACCGCCGGCUCCGAAGCCCGUGACAACAGUCGCUGGAAAGACUCCUCCCCUCGUACCCGCGGAUCCCGUGAGCAGGACUGGCCCGGCUGCCCCUGUUGCUUCUCCGCCCGCUCCGGCUGAUGCUCCUGUCCCCCUCGCUCCCUUGGUUGCGCCGGCGGCGUCUGCUCCUGCUGGGGAGGUUGCUGAUCCCCCUGCUCCUGCCUCUGGCGCACCCGUUGCGCCGGCCGCUUCUGUCCCCGACGUGCCUGCGCCGGUGUCCGCGUCGUCCCCGCAGGCGGCGUCCGCCACCACUGGUGGCCCGGCCCCGAUGGUUGAGACUCUGGUCGUAGACCCACCUGCUCCUGCUGUGCUGCCGACGGCACCGGUAGCGCAGCCGUCUCGUCCCCCGUCGCCAGACCGCCGCCUAUCUCGCCCCCAUUCUCCCGCGCCCCAGCAGGAGCGUGAGUCGUCGCGGCGCCGGCGCAACUCUCCCCGACGCUACCAGCGGGCCGUGCGCGAGGAGAGGGCGGCGCAGAGCCAGAGUAGUUUACUGCGGGCCGCGCCAGCGCACGUGGCUCCUCGCUGGGCUGUGCCUCCCGUGGUCCCUCCACCGGCUGCUGUACUUCCUCCUCCUGUCCUUGCCCCAUCGGCUCAUGCUCCUGCUGCCUCGACUGCUGAUCCUGGGUCUCGUCUUCGCCUGUCGCCCGUGCCGCCGGUGGCGGGUGUCGAGUUCGUUCCUGCUGGUGGAGGGGCGGCGGGGGCGCAGUACCCUCCAUAUCUUGCUCCCGAUGAGCCGCUUCCGUUCUUGGCGGUGGCACUUCAGCCCCCGCAGACCCGUGUUCCUGAGGCGACACUCGGCCAGCUGCACCGUCUUGCAGAGAGCCUUCACGCACUGCUGCUGAUCCAGGUGCUGGCUCACUCUUCUCUCCCUGCGAUCCCUGCUGAUUCGUUUCAUGACCGGCCUCGCAAGACUUGCCUGGACACGGCGGACCAGCUCGCGCAGCUGCUGGCGCCCGCGUUGGCUGCGCCCGUAGAGGGUGGCGCUGCGGCAGUGGGACAGCUUGACGAGGCUGUCCGGGGCCUGAGGCGACACUUGCGCGCAGGAUCUGGAGCCGCGGCGAUCGGCGCAAGUACGCUGGUGGUCCGUGAGCUGUGGCGGACGUUGACGGGCAUUCUCCAUGCCCUCGGGGCUCACCGGAUGUAG